GGUACGAGUAGAAGGUCACAUGCUCAGCUGCUUCUGCUCUGUGUGAGCGUCUUGGACCUGACCCGAGCAAAGGCAGUGAAAGGUGCACCAUGGGCCGCCUGGAUGGGAAAGUGAUCGUGUUGUCAGCUGCCGCGCAGGGGAUUGGGCGUGCAGCAGCAAUAGCAUUUGCGAAGGAGGGAGCUCACGUCACAGCGACGGACAUCAAUGGAGAGAAGCUGAAAGAGCUGGACGGCAUUCAGGGGAUCAAGACCAAGGUCGUGGAUGUGACGAAGAAGGAACAAGUGGAGGCCCUGGCCAAGGAACACGAGCAUGUGGACGUGCUGUUCAACGUUGCUGGGUUUGUGCACCAUGGCUCCAUCUUGGAAUGCGAAGAGGCCGACUGGGACUUCACAAUGAAUGUGAACGUCCGCAGCAUGUACCUCAUGAUCAAGGCUUUCCUGCCUAAGAUGUUGGCAAAGAAGUCAGGAAACAUAAUAAACAUGGCAUCAGUUGCAUCAAGCAUAAAAGGUGUUGUGAACCGGUGUGUCUACAGUACCUCCAAGGCUGCAGUGAUCGGGCUCACCAAGUCUGUAGCCGCUGAUUUCAUUGAGAAAGGCAUUCGCUGCAACUGUGUUUGUCCUGGCACUGUUGAUACUCCAUCACUGCGGGGCAGGAUCCAGGCCCAACCUGACCCAGAGCAGGCUUAUAAGGACUUCAUGGCAAGACAGAAAACUGGAAGAAUGUGCACAGCUGAGGAGGUGGCUCACUUGUGUGUUUAUUUGGCGUCAGAUGAGUCGGCCUACGUGACCGGGACAGAGCACAUCAUCGACGGAGGCUGGAGACUCUGAGAAAACUGCAGCAAGCUCAUCCAGACCGCAGUGGAGGCCGAUGCCUCGAUUCUCAUUCUGAAGCCCAAAUAAAAGCCACAACAUUCGACUUGAUUGUCUGUUUGGAUUGUGCAUAUUAUGGGAGGCGCAUACCAACUUUAAUCGAUGCUGCAAAUGUGUGCAAUGCCAAAAUAUAACACUUGUUGAUUGACAUUGUUGUGAGUAACUACAGUGUACAUGUGUUGUUGUCAUCUAAUAAUAAUAAAUACAUCCCUUGUUAGAUGUUUCA